GCCCAGCAGGCUCAUCACUGUUGGCAGUUUUCAGGUUUCGACGUAAAGGAGAGGUUGGGCGUUCAGCUUCUCCUUUACUCAUAUUUGAUUAAAAAAAGAAAAAAAAAAAAAGAGCCGUGACUGAAUUUCGGUCAAGUUACCACUUUUGCCAUGGAGAGGAAGAUUCCAACCUUGAUCCUGCUUUGUGUGGUGUGGUCAGCUGUUGCAGCCCUCCAGGUUGACAUCCCUAAGGAUGAGUAUGAGUUUGCCAGAGGAGACAACAUCACUCUGCCCUGCACAUUUAAAAGCACUAAAAGCAAUCCACCCCUGAUCAUCAUCUCAUGGUCUGCUGAGGGUCCAGACACUCCUGCUGAUGAGACUCUCUUCCUCACCCAUUAUCACCCCCCUGGAACCACAGACAUCAGUCCAAAGUACGAAGGUCGGGUGUCUGUGGAUGUAAAUGUUGCUUCUGGCAAAGCUGACCUUAAGCUUUCCUCCAUCACAAUGGCAGACAACAAAGAGUUUGAGUGUCGUGUCCAGAUCCUUGGAGAUGAUGAGGGCCAACCAGCAGACACAGCACGUUUGACCGUUCUAGUGGCUCCAUCUAAACCCAUCUGCAAAAUUCAAGGGAAAACAGAAUACGGGCAGAACAUCAACCUCACCUGUUACUCUGAGGAAGGGUCUCCUCCUCCCACAUACAAGUGGGAAAGUCGUGAUGUGAGGAACAUGCCUCGUGUUCCAGACCCUAGAACCACCGACAAGGGAGGCAUCCUGUCGCUGUUUAACAUCUCCAAAGAAACCUCUGGAUACUACACCUGCACAUCAAGCAACAAAAUUCGCUCUGCUUCCUGCAACAUCACCGUCACAGUCUUGCCACCAUCCAUGAACAUCGGUUCAACUGCAGGAAUCAUUGCAGGAGUCGUCAUCGGUCUGAUCAUACUUGUCAUUGCCAUAUUUUGCUGUUGCCGGCGAAAGAACAAGAAGGGGAACGAGGAGGGGGUUUCCAUGAAUGGACUUCAAGAUAGAGAUGAUGCCGCCAAAGAGCCUCUUGGAAAUGGUGACGGUCAUCUUGAUGUGGAUUUGGAGAAAUCCAGAGUGAGCAAACCGGCCGAUCGACGUGAUGACCGAAGUGACUACGACGACCGUCGCAGCGACUACGACGACCGGCGAAGCGACUACAACGACCGUCGCAGCGACUACAACGACCGGCGCAGCGAUUACGACGACCGCCGCAGCGAUUACGACGACCGUCGCAGCGACUACGACGACAGACGCAGCAAACACAGUGACCGCCAUGAGCGCUAUGAUGAUGACCGCCGCUUUGAGGAUGAGCGACGCUACAAUGAUCGCAGAGAUCCUCGCUAUGACGACGACCGCUACAAUGACCGUGACAAACCAUAGAGGAACCAGACCAAGAUGACCAGGGGCCUCCAGCUGCAUUAAAUCAUCACAUUAUUUUAAAGAUUGAUCCAGCUCUUUUAGAUGCGAAUGCACAAAUGAUUCUGCAAGGAACUUUUUCUGAGAUUGUAUUGUUCGACACAAACUAUUUUUUAUUGUUCAGAUAUCAAUUACCAUACAAGAAGAGCAACUGGGAGGAAAAAGACUAUAACAUGAGGACAAACAUUUCAUAAGCCCAUCCCAAAAAACACUGAUUUCAUUGUUUCAUAUUAUUUAAAGUGACCAAAUAACUUUGUAUUGAGCUAAUUAGAUGGUAGACUAAAUAGUAGUCUUAACAUGAAUUUGUCAAAUUUUAGGUAAACAUUGGAAAUAAUAAUUCUCCCUAGAAAUGAAAAUGUAAAUAUGCUUAAAAUCUUACCUUGGUCUGAUUUUCAUACAUAAUGUGUUCAGUUUUUUUUAUAAGGACCAUGUUUUACUCUGGUUUAUAGUUGAAUUCGUUGUUAUUCUUGUUUCAUCCCAUUCCAGUCUGAGACGUUUGUGAAGAAACAAUCUGUAUAGUUAGAUUAGUUGGUAUUUUAGGUUGUUUUUUUCUUUUCUUUUUAAUACCUUGCCUUUUCUUUCCCCUUUUUGAAUUGGCUUUUAACUUCUACUGCUGUUGGGUAUAAAUAAUGGUAGUUUUUAUGUAUUAUUUACGAAGCUGCCUUCACAGCAGUCAGAAAGUCUUUCGCUUGGUGCUUUUAAAUGUUUACUUGCAUUGUUUUGAACAUGGCCAAUACACAGUGUAUCAUUGCGUAGAAAUGUAAUCUUUCAACCAUCUUUAAAGUUCCUGGUAUUGUUUUCAGUUUCCGUUUGUAAAUGUAUUAUAAAAACGAGAAAUAUUUCUUCCGCCGGUUGCUGGGCUGACAAUGCUUCAUUUAAUCUUUUUUUUUUUCUUAUUUGCAACAAAUAAAACAGGCUCCACAAAAAAAA